CAAAAGUGUCUGUUAAGUGUGUGUUUGGCAUUGGAUCAAUGUGAAAUAAAUAUUAUUAUUAACAUAAAUAUCAACAGUUUCAGUUUAGUUGAAUUUUUUCAAAACAAACAAACCAAACAGUGUUUAUAUUCUUUUCAAAGUGUUUUUUUUUGUUCAAAUCAAAAAUCAAUCAAACUGGACAAACCAAAAUUUCUUGAUCCAAUCUUAAGAUUAAAAGUAGUAGAAUCACCGAUAAUACCGACAACAACAUCGACAUCGACAAAUUUAAAUGUAUGGCCCAAUCGAAUCGAUGAAUCAUAUCUUCAAGCAAAAACCGAAUUAUCGCCACAAUUAUUAUCGGAUAAAACAAACAUGAUGUCAGCAACAAGAAGAAGAGCAAGUGAUUUACCAAUUAAUUAUGCAAUUGCACAGGAAGAAAAUCAAGAAUCACAGCAAAAUCCUACGGUUAGUCGUAGUACUAGUCAUUCAUUAUUGGCACAAUUAUCAAGUUCACCAUAUGGAUGGACAACAUCAGGUUCAUCAAGAUCAACAUCACCAACACCACCAACAAUGCUUUCCAAUUCAUCAUUAAGACGUUUACCAUCGAAUACGGUUAGUGGUACAAAUAGCCGCUAUGUACCACAACAAUCACUUCAAUCAUUAGUUAAAUCAUUUAUCAAUAAAGUAUCACGUGGUACACAAACUGAUUGUGAUGAUAAUGAUGAUUUUGAUCAAUUAAGUAUUGCAUCAUUAACAUCAGGAUUUUCAGCAUUUGAAAAUGAUUUUACACGUUCUCGGUUGAAAUUAUUUCUAAAUGAUUCACAAUUUAAUGAUAAAAGUAAUAAUAAUAUUGAUGAAGCUGAAUUUGUUGAAGAAUUACAAAAACUUCGUGAUCAAAUUGAUGGUCGAUUUAAAUUUGGUUUUGAAUCACAACCAGGUUCACAAUCAGUAUCCCGGCAACAAUCACAACCAACAUCUAGACCACGUUCACCGGUAACGACAAAAAUAAUUGAGCCACUGGGUUUAGAUCUUGAAAAAUCGAAACCAGUGAUCGAAACUUGUGAUCAAUCAAUCGAAACGGAUCGUUGUUGUUUUGAAGAUAAAUUUACACAAGCAGAUUUUGGUCCAUCAUUAUCUUCAAUACAACAACAACAGCAAACACCAUCAUCAUCAUCAUUUUUUUCAUCGUUCUUUUCUUCGUCGGGUCAACCCGAACCAGCCGAAUCAUUUAAUGUUGCCAUACAAACUGAUUUAAAUCUAGAACAUUUAUGUCCAUUAUGUAAACAAGAUAUUCAAACAUUAUCAAUCAAUAAUCGUCCACCAUUAAGUGAUUCUCAACAAAAUCUACUUAAAAGCCAACUACUUAAUCAGGCUGAUAUGAAUAAUAAUUCGAUGGAAAUGACGAAAUCAAUUGAUCAUGGAACGCAGGCUGAUAUGAAUUCAGGUGAUUUAUCCAUUGAUGAUGAUAAUGAUCAAAAACAAACAGAAGGGUCCAAUGAUAAUGAUACAGAUAAAAACGAACCACCGAUAGCGGUCAAAAGAAAACCUCGAACCACUACCGCUACCACCAAUGUUGUUGGUGUUGGUUCAGGUCAUUUUUAUCGUGGUGAAUCAUCGAUAAAAAAUAAUCAUAAUUAUGUUGAUUUAAAUGGAACAUCACCAUCAUCACGUGGAAAUAGUGUUGUAAUCAAAAGUCCAAUUCACCAUCGUAGUAAAGAUAAUGAUCAUGUUCGACCAAAAUGUUGUAAUAUUUCAUAGAAGAGAUAUUCAUUCCAUGAGAAACGACAAGUGAUAAAAAUUAGCGAUUGUGAUAUUCAAUGAAAUAUUCCAUUCAGAGAUUUCAUAUUAGAACAGAAUUAUUAUUUCAACAUUAUUGGGACCCUU